AUGCAUUUUCACGGCUCAGAACCAUUUCCUCAAAUAUGGUUGGAAAUGACCGGCGAGGACGAACAGUGGAAAAAGGCUUCAAUGUCGCAGAUGAAAAAAAUCAGGAAAAUAUGGAUUCGGGAAGUAAACAAAGCAAACGAAAAGCUUCAAAAACAGAAUAAGCCAGAACCCAAGGUGGUGCCGGAGAAAAAAGAUGAAACUAUUUUGACGGAACUUGAGGCGAGUGAUGCGGUGAUCAACGCCCCGAUAAUAAAGAUUCGCGAUGUUAGGAUGCAUAUCAAAUCCCGG